AUUCGGAGAGCAAAUCAUCAUUCAGUUUUUAACUAACAACCGAAUAAUACAACAAAUUCAAACAACAUGAAAUUCUUAAUUGUUUUCGUUGCUCUUUUCGCCGUUGCUUUGGCUGCUCCCGCUGAAAUUGUUAAACAAGAAUCCGAUGUAGAACCCGAGGGCUUCCACUACGUUUCCGAAACCUCCGAUGGCACCUACCAGACCGCCGAUGGUAAAUUGAAGGAUGUUGGUACCGAACACGAAGCCAUCGUUGUUCACGGUUCUUACUCCUGGGUUGAUGAGAAGACUGGCGAAAAAUUCACCGUCACCUAUGUGGCUGAUGAAAACGGUUUCCAACCCGAAGGUGCUCAUUUGCCCAAACCCCAACAAUAAGUGGAAAACUUGUUGAAUUGUUGUUAACGAAAUAUUUUGAAAAUAAAUGUAAUAGAAUAAUUAAAUUAAAAAAA